GUAUUCAUGCCAUUCAGUGAUAUUGAGUGUAAUGAAUGAAGGAGUUUAUAAAUUCGCUCUGAUGAUUCUAUCGCAUUUUAAGUGCGUGUUAUUUAACUGUAUACCCUAAAGACCUUAACAACGUACAGAGAAACCUGUCUAAAUAUUAAACAUCAUAUCUGUAUACUGUUCGAUACGAAAAACUGUGCUCCAUUUGUGGGAUUUUGGAAUUUGACACCAUGGGAUUGACAGAAGAGGAGCUACAGGAACAUUUUAAUGAUGAGAAUGGUGGAGACGAACUGACGGCCAAGCAAGCAAAUAAUGUUCUGUGCACAUGUGAGAAAAAUCCGCUUCCAACUGAAGUCGUUGUUUUCUUUGAGAACGAGGGACUAGGUCCUGGCGGAACGAUAACAUUUGAGCAGUUCAAACGUCUGUAUGAUUCAAUAGCAGAUCCAACAGUGGAAGAUUUAGCAGAAGCAUUAAAAGUUUUCGACAGAAAUGAAGAUGGAACUAUUGAUAAAGAAGAACUGAGGGAAAUCUUAUUGCGAAGGGAUGAUGUAUCGUCCGAUAUCACAGGAGAUCUGGAUGAUGAAACUAUCGACGCAAUAUUUAACGCUGUAGACAGUUUUGGAGACAACGACGGUUAUAUAAGUUGCACUGAGCUGGCAACCUUCUUGAUCGAAAACAAAACGUUUCGAGUAGAACCUUCAGAAGAUCAAGAAUAGAACCAAAUACAAACAAAACUACAAGAUGCUUUAUCAAAAUUGCAUAUAUGUUAUUGUAUCGAACUUUUACUUAGCCAAAUGUGAUGGCGGACUGAACCUGAUAGUUUUACAAACUU